GGCCUCUGUGGGAAUAGGGUAACACCAGCGGACGGACAUGGCUUGUAUUCGUUUUCAAAACAAACCACCUUUCUACAUUUAGAUAGGUUUACUUCACAUUCUGUGGUUAGUUGCGAAGGUUAGUUAUAAAGCAAUAUCUUGAUAUAUUACUUGCUGAAUAAUGGUAGUGUUUGCCAUUCAGGAUUACGCUUGCUAUUAUUUUCAAGGAAAAGCUUUAGAGUAUUUUUAGCUAACGCGCACGAUAGCUAACCCGUAACGCAAAGAUAACGAUUCUGCUAGCUGUCGUUAACCGCAUUAGCAGCCUUAUCUAUUGUCAUUAAAGCUAUAUGUUGUAAGGUCGCAAAACGCAAUACAGUAUCUGACGUCAACAUUUUACAGUAGACGUUAAUUCAGGAUACAUUUUGUAACGUUAGCAGACACCUGCAUCUGCUCAAAUAAUCAUCUUAACGUUAGCUUCUAGCGAGCUAACAACGUUUGACGGAUAGCUGUCAUUUUGGCUGUUAAGCAACAUGGGAAAGUCACGUUAGGAUGUGACAACAAAGGGCAACGCUUGUUGAUCACCUUGUGUCAUGCGUGACUUGGAGUUUGCAUUGCUCAAGAGGUUCAUACCCACUCUAUAGUGGCUAAAACGUCAGUUAACAUCAGUGAGAUAUUUGGCCUUGUAUAGCUGCAAAAUGCCUGGAAUGGUGGUGUUUGGUCGGCGGUGGGGGAUCGCCAGCGAUGACCUAGUUUUCCCCGGAUCCUUUGAGAUGUUCGUCCGUGCAAUUUGGUGGAUUGGCACCAUGAUCCUGUUCACCUAUCACAAGGGUAACCUUGAUUGUAACGGUGGAGGAGUCCUGCACACCUAUCUGGUUGGACUGCUGGUUGUGCUGGCACUCAUCAUCCUUUCACUAUGUGCUACUGUUUACGUCAGUGCCCAAGGAACCAUUACAAACCCUGGCCCACGGCGCUCCAUCCCUGCACUGAUUUACCUGCGAGCGAUCCUGUACCUCCCUGAGCUGGUGUGGGCGUGUCUGGGAGCCAUGUGGGUGUCCGAAAACAGCAAAGGCUGCGAUCCAGCCACAGUGGGGGCUGUCAUCACAGCAGUGAUAGCCAGCUGGAUCAUCCUGCUGUUCACCGGGUUGGGCGUUGUGUUUGUGUUUGACCCGCUGGGAGACCCCCGUCGUCAGCCCUCGACCAUGGAGCCGCUGGGAGUCAGAGACCAGCAGAGCAACGAGGGCACGCAGUUCCUGUCCACAGCUCGCUCCCUGGCCGUCAAGGUGUGGGAGAGCCGGCUGCGGCUCCUGUGCUGCUGCCUGCCACAGGAUGAGAGCCACCGGGCGGCGUUCUCCAGCAUCGCUCAGCUCGUCGGGGGAUUCUUCUCUGACACAGACCUGGUCCCCAGUGACAUCGCUGCUGGUUUGGCUCUGCUGCACCAGGAGCAGGAUAAGAUGGAGCAGAGCAGAGACCCCGACAUUGUGGUGGAUCACAGCCCCUCGUCUCCCAUUGGAGAGGAUUUGGAGACGGAGCUGGAGAAAGCAGCUCACUGUAUGCAGUUUGCUGCUGCUGCCUAUGGCUGGCCCCUGUACAUCUACUCCAACCCCCUCACCGGGCCCUGCAAACUGAGUGGAGACUGCUGUAGAAGCCGUGCGGUCGAGUAUGACAUCGUUGGAGGAGACCACCUCGGCUGCCACUUUUCCUCCAUCCUGCAGAGCACAGGUCUACAGUACAGAGACUUCAUCUACGUCAGCUUCCACAACCAGAUCUUUGAGAUCCCGUUCUAUGUGGCUCUGGAUCAUAAGAGAGAGGCUGUUCUGGUGGCUGUCCGGGGAACACUGUCGCUGAAGGAUGUGCUGACAGACCUGUCUGCUGAAUGUGAGAACCUGCCUAUAGAGGGAGUGCUGGGAGCCUGCUACGCUCACAAGGGAAUGUGUCAAGCGGCAGGCUACAUCUACAAGAAGCUGGUCAAUGAUGGCAUCCUGAACCAGGCCUUCUCCAUAGCACCGGAAUACAAACUGGUCAUCACUGGUCACAGUCUGGGUGCUGGCACAGCGUCACUGCUGGCUAUCCUCUUGCGCAAUUCCUUCCCCACCCUGCAGUGCUACUCCUUCUCUCCACCAGGGGGCCUCCUGAGCAAAGCCUUAGCUGAUUACUCCAAGGACUUUGUGGUGUCUGUUGUGCUGGGAAAGGAUCUGGUUCCCAGAUUGAGCCUUCCCAAUAUGCAGGAUCUGAAGAGAAAGAUUCUUAAAAUAGUUUCAAACUGCAAUAAGCCCAAGUACCGCAUCCUGCUGCAGGGGUGUUGGUACGAGGUCUUCGGAGGAGACCCAGAUGACUUCCCUACAGAGAUGGACAACAGGAGGGAGGAGGAGCUCAGCCAGCCACUGUUGGGGGAGGAGUCACUGAUGAUUCACCACUCAUCAUCCUAUCAGAGCCUGGCGUCAGAUGAGUCACCUGCUCAUACUGCUACCCACUUACCUCUCUUCCUGCCUGGACGCAUUCUGCACAUUACAGAAGAUGGGCCGUCACGGAGAUCCUGUUUUUCCCAGGUCCGGUACCAUGCAGACUGGUCCCAUGAAAUGUCAUUUAGGAGUAUUUUGAUCAGUCCCAGGAUGCUGUCAGAUCACAUGCCCGAUGCCAUGCUCCGAGCACUCAACAGUCUGACCCGGGACAGGCCCUUCUCCCUGUGCCCGUCGUCUUUAAACAACACCAAUCAGAACACUGUGUGAAACGUGACAUAGAGACUGAGCUCCCAGACUUUACAAUACUUUAAACCCACUUCAGUUUUUUAUGUUUUCUUCCAUGCUUCAAAUACUUUCUUGCUUUUCAGUUGCAUCUUGUCUGCAGGCUUGUUUUUGAAGCCCCCUUUUCUCCAAAAGACAUUUGAAAAAUGGAUUGUUAUGGUAACGGAAUACUUAAAACCAUAGGGGUUGACCUGCUGUGAGCUUCAUGAACGAACAAGUACUUUGUUGAAUUGCACUUUUAAUUGUUUAUUUCCAUUUGUUUUAUUUCAAAUAUAUGAGUUUUUCUUUGAGCUACUUUAUGCCAUGAUCUUUGAAUGUGCGUUGUGUACAAUAUUUGCCAGUGCUGCAGUUUUAAUGUAAUGUCUGUCCUACAUUUUAUGUUUGUGUUAGUAGUAGGACUCCUCCAGGGCAACUGUAAGAGUCACAUGCUGUCUUCCAAAUCUUUGGAGAGCAGUCUGAUCUGGGAUGUGAGGAUAAGGGUAACUUUUACCCUGGACUAGAGCAUUACCUCCUCAUUGUAUAGUAACUGUGGUUGGUAUGUGUUGUGUUUAAUGUCUCGAAACAUCAGGGUGAUCAGUGCCUAUGCAUCACAGAAAAUGUGUCAACAGAAUUGCUUUACUGAAAAAGACAGAGGUGAGUGUUUACAAUAAGUUCUGUUCUGCAUUCACUACAUUGCAGUUUCAAUAGUGCAUGAUGUACGACAGAAAAUAAUCAAUGUAAGAGGUAGAAUGAUUGUACAUUAUUUGAGAACCUGUUUACUUGCCGUGGAUACUACAUAUGUUUUUCAGGUAUUGUAUAAUACAGUUUUAAUCAACUGAUGCCUGCAUAACAAUUUCCCUUCACAUUCAAUUGAAUUGGACUUCUUGAUAUAAAUUAAAACUCUUGUGAAGCA